AUGCCAAGAUCUCUCUUUUUUGAUCAGCCCUCUUCUACCAACUUGACCGCCAACAUGAAAUUCCAUACUUACUUAUCCCUCCUGCUCGGCAUCUCGGCAACCACUGCCCUUGCCGCUCUUCGCCCAGACGCAACCCCCGACGAGGUCGCCGCGGCCGAAGCGGAGUGCGGAUCUAUGGGUGUGAUGAGGAUCGACCCAGCAGAGCUGCCUGAGGGCGUUACGAUGGCCGACGUCCGCAUGUGCGCCGACCACCCCCUCGGCGCUGGGGCGUAUCCGGGUCCUGGUCCUGGGGCUUUUGCCAGGUUCCGUCGAUUCCUCCCGAGUUGGGUGUUUUGA